AUGCUCAUUGUCGACGCCGCCCUGCUGUGGGCAGCUAUCGCGCCGCUCGCCGCGGCGCUCGCCACGACCGGGAGCUACGACUACGUGAUUAUCGGCGGCGGCACGGCGGGCUCAGUGCUCGCGAACCGCCUCACUGAAGACCCGAGCGUCAGCGUCGCCCUCAUCGAGCCGGGGACGUACUACCAGAUCUCCAACCUCCUCCUCGGGUCCACGCCCGCCGGCGGCGUGUUCUGGAGCUUUGGCAACACGAACCAGCCGAUCAACCCGCUCGUCGACUGGGGCUUCAUCACCGAGCCGCAGAGGGGGUGCAAUAACCGCAAUGUGCGGUACGCGCGCGGCAAGUGUCUCGGCGGGAGCUCGGCACGCAACUACAUGGCGUACCACAAGCCCGACAAGGGCUCGCUCAACGCGUGGGCAGAGAUCACCGGCGACCCCUCGUACGCGUACGACAACUUUGACGCCUACUACCGCAAGUCUGUGACGUUCACGCCGCCGAAGCAGCCGCCGCGCGCGGCGAACGCAACCACGCCGUUCGACCCCGCCGCCUUCGGCCCGAUCAACGGCCCACUGCAGAUCAGCUACCCGAACUAUGCGCAGUCGAUCGGGAGCUGGGGCCAGCGCGGGCUCGCCGAGAUCGGCAUCCCCAGCGUGCCGUCCCUCAACUCGGGCAACCUCUUGGGCGCGCAGUACACGACCUCGACCAUCUCGCCGCGCGACCAGAAGCGCUCGUCGGCGCAGACGAGCUACCUCGACGCCGCGAAGGGCAGGCGCAACCUCUCGAUCGUGCAGCUGUCCAAGGCGUCGCGGAUCCUCUUCGAGGGCAAGCGCGCCGUCGCGGUCCAGCUGACGAACGGCAAGGUGCUCGGAGCGCGUCGCGAGGUCAUCCUCUCCGCUGGGGCGUUCCAGUCCCCGCAGCUCCUGAUGCUCUCGGGCAUCGGGCCCGUCGAGACGCUCGCGCGCUUCAACAUCCCCGUGGUGGCCGCGAGCCCCGGCGUGGGCCAGAACAUGACCGACCAUGUGCUCUUCGGGCCGGCGUACCGCGUGCGUGUGCAGACGUGGACCAAGUGGGCCAACAACAUCCUCAGCACCGUGUGGGAGUUUAUCACAGAGUACCUCAUCUUCAAGCGCGGGCCGUUCACCAACCCGUCCGUGGACAUGAUUGCCUUCGAGAAGAUCUCGCGCAACAUGGUCUCGCCGGGCGCCGCGGCCGCGCUGGACGCCGCACACCCGCCGUCGUGGCCAGAGGUCGAGUACUUCGUCACGGGCGCGACGAUCCUCGACGCGUCCCGCACCCAGGGCUCGCUCACUGGCCAGCCGACAGACGGAUACAACUAUGCGAGCGUGAUUGCUGGCCUGCAGGCGCCGCUCAGCCGCGGCACGGUGACCCUCAAGUCGGGUAGUGUCGAGGACCUGCCCGCCAUCGACCCCAACUGGCUCACGCACCCCGUCGACGUCGAGGUCGCCCUCGCGGCAUUCAAGCGCGCCCGCGCCGUGUGGGCCGCCCCCUCGGUCCAGCCCGUGCUCUUCGGCCCAGAGUACUACCCCGGCCCGCAGGUCCAGACCGACGACCAGAUCCUCAAUGCCAUCAGGAACCAGGCGCAGACCGUGUGGCAUGCCGCCACGACCUGCCGCAUGGGCCGGAGGGACGACCCCACCGCGGUGGUCGACACGAGCUGCCGUGUUAUCGGUGUCGAUGGGCUGCGUGUCGUCGACGCUAGCGCCUUUGCGCUCCUUCCCCCCGGUCACCCCCAGUCUACCGUCUAUGCGCUCGCGGAAAAGAUUGCAGACUUGAUCAAGCGUGGCGGAUGA